CAUUUUUGUGGAGCGGCACAACAAGACAACCGAGAAAAGCUCUCUAUUUUCUACUAAAUUAAUCCCGAUAUUUACUAAGAAUGUGUGACCGAAACACAACAACAUUUUGACCGGGUCAAACAUCCGUUUGAGUGACCGGGCAGAAUAUGUGUGAUAUGGAUAGAUGAUUGAUUAUUGAUAGGCAUCUAGAGUGACGACUUUUGGAAAAUAGGUGAUUCAUAAAGGAUUGCUAAUGCUUUUAUUUGAGGAAGUCUAAAAGUUAUUGGAGAGAAGCCAAAUAUCUUGACUGUACAAAUAGGAAUGGCAGAGCAGGAUUUUCUCCCUGAUGAAGGUUUGAAGCUUCAACAGAGUUUCCAACCUUCCCCUUAUGAGCCCUUAAACUCUCGAACUGAAGCUUCAGCCAAGGAGGCACAUAGCGCUGCUGACAGCUCUGAUCCUUUGUGCACUUCUCUCAUGGUGGAGACUGACUACACAACAAAUCUUUCCAAAUCCACAAAUUUCCACAGUGAAAAUCAAAACAGCCCUGACUUGGAGGAUCUAGACACUUACAACCUGAUUGAGCCCCCUCCACUGGACUGGAGGUCUGACUCUUCCAGUGAGGCCGGUUUGGUUGGAGAACUUGAAAGCUGUUUGGUGGUAGAUUUUGAGGGUCCUGGAUCUUUUAACAUGGACAUGAAUGAAGACAAAACGUCUAAUGCUGACUAUAGAGCUCAUGACUCCAGUGAAGCUUCGGAUAAAACAGAGGGGCUUUUGAUUCAAGAAAUGUGCACGGCCAAGCCAAAAAUGAGUGGAUUGCAAAAUCAGGAAGAGCAACUGCAAAGAAAAGAGAUGCAGGUGUUGGAUAACAAAAGAAUAAUUAAGAAUGAAGAAAUAAGUAGGACACAUGAUCUUGACCACUCCCACAUUCAAAGUCUCCUGACUCAGCUUAAUUUCUUCCAUCCAUCAACUCCUCUUGAUAUUCCCACCCACUGCAGUCCUGACGACUCGGCUAAUCACAGUGCUCCGCAACUCUCUUCUACUCCAGCAGAAGCCACUCCUGCCUGCCAGGACUUGAAGCCGAUUGUCCAACCAGCAUGUGCAGACAUGAGUAUCCCCGCAGCUCUGCUCUUUUCACGGGAUUAUCAGAAAGAACUUCUGCAGCUAUUGGAGGAACCAGACUGUGAGGAACCCAAAGCCGACCCACAGGGGAAUGCCGAAACUCGGUUAGGACUUAGAAGGCAGAGCAGUGAUGCUUUUGAGAUGUUCUCAGCAUCUCACUGUGAGGAUGCCUGGCAUAGACACCUGCAGGAUGAGCUGUUGGUCUCAGGAGUCACAGAGGAGGAACAGUUGGUAGCGUCUGAAGGCCUGGCUACAGAUCAGUCUGUCGGGGAGAGCAAUGAUCAGAAAGCCGAGAUGCAGCCUGCUUAUAAGAAUGUGCCUGGUCCAUGUGACCCUGAAGACCUCCUGGAUGGGGUUAUCUUUGGUGCAAAAUAUCUUGGAUCUACACAGUUACAAUCUGAGAAGAAUCCCUCCACCAACGCUCGUAUGGCCCAAGCACAAGAGGCCAUGGAUCGCAUUAAGGCACCUGAAGGGGAGUCUCAGCCUAUGACCGAAGUAGAUCUGUUCAUUUCCACACAGAGAAUCAAAAUACUGAGUGCUGACACACAGGAGGCCAUGAUGGAUCAUGCUCUGCAGAUGAUUUCAUACAUUGCAGACAUCGGGAAUAUUGUGGUUCUGAUGGCUCGCAGAAAGCCAGCUGGUCGCAAAAUAGCAGAAUCCACGGCCAGCUCCACACCACCACAAAAGAAAUGCUGGAUGAUUUGCCACGUGUUUUCUUCAGAGGAUGCUCAGAUCAUUGCACAGGCCAUCGGGCAGGCAUUUGGUGUCGCAUAUCAGCAGUUUCUGUAUACUAACGGAAUUAAAGCCAGUGACCUGCGGCCAGGCGAGUAUAGUGAUUACCUUGGCACUCAGGAGCUUUAUAACGGAGACCUGGUUCACUUUUCCCGUUCAGAAAACAUCAGAGAGGUGUGUAUAUCGAAGAAAGCAGGGGAUAUAUUAGGUGUUGCAAUUGUGGAGUCUGGCUGGGGCUCCAUCCUGCCCACUGUUGUUGUAGCCAACUUGCUGCAUGGAGGACCUGCGGAACGUUCCGGCGAAUUGAGCAUCGGUGAUCGCAUCAUGUCCGUUAAUGGCACCAGUCUCGUGGGGCUCCCUAUCGUCACCUGCCAAAGUAUCAUACGAGACCUGAAGACCAUGUCGAUGGUGAAGCUCAGCAUUGUCCACUGUCCACCCGUCACCAUGGCGAUCAUCAAGCGCCCAGACACCAAGUAUCAGCUAGGGUUCAGCGUGGAAGACGGGAUUAUUUGCAGUUUAAUGCGGGGAGGAAUCGCUGAGCGUGGGGGCAUUCGAGUUGGUCAUCGUAUUAUUGAGAUCAAUGGGCAGAGUGUGGUGGCCACAGCCCAUGAGAAGAUCAUCCACAUUCUGUCCACUGCUGUAGGAGAGAUUCAUCUGAAGACUAUGCCAACAUCAACGUACCGUCUCCUGACUGGACUAGAUCAACCCGUGUUCCUUUAAGAGGCUGGUCCUCUCAGGUCCUCACCAUCAGAUGCAAAUGUAUAUGGAAAUUUAUAUUUUACUGCUUCUAAACUUCUACUUUUUAGCAGAAUGGUAUAGAGAUUAUGGGCCUUCAUUUGAAAGCUGUUUUAGAGAGCUAGUUUUUUAACUGCUUUCUUUUGUAAUGUGUACCGUACAUUUGCCUGUUUAUGCUGCCAAGCCAAGGUGCCUGAAGGGAUGUCUUGUGUUUGAAUGACUAUGUAUUACAGUGGCGGCUGCUGGUCUUUCAAAGAGGGGAAGCUCAUUUUCGGCCUACAUUAUAAACUUAUUUACCCUAUUUUUUGCACUAAAUCAAUCUUAGGUGUUGAUCUGCCCUGCUGUUUAAUUCUAAUUUUUUCCUCGUAAGGAAGACUUUCAAAUGGCUUCACCAAAAUCAGGUCGACAAUAUUAGCACCGUCUGCCAUCGUGCGCAGUUUCACCCGUACGACGCUAACCUAGCCUACUGUAUGAAUGAAUGAAUGAAUGAACGAACGAACGAACGAACGAACGCUCUAAAAUAAAAUAUAUUAAACUUGGUAAAACUGAAACAAGGAAUGUGGUGUAUAAUUGUGUGAAAUGUAUUAUGCAAAUUGACUAUCAAUUUCAGCCAAACAAAUAUAAAGAAAUAGGUUGCAGCAGUUUGUCUUUCGACUACACUUGAGAAAUCCGCGAUGGGACUGAGCGUGAAAUAGCUUCAGUGACUUCUUAUAGUACAGAUUCGCUGUCAAUCAAAAGGAGAUGCAGUCUUUCGACAGAUCCUCCAAUCAUCACGCGGAAGCUCGGAGUCCGGGCCAGCCCACUCCUCAUUCACCCCCAGAGACGCUGAGCGUCCGUGGGCGGGACAUAAUCGCAGCAUUUAUCCAAUGACCGUCUAUUUUCGGAGCACUGAAAAAAACUGUUCAGAGCAGCCCCAUUGAAGUCAAUGGACGCUCGGCUUCAACAGGGAAAUGCACUGACGCUACGGGACUGUAUGAGAAGUAAAUAUGUAAUGUAGCUGAUUCUGAACGAACUCGUCUUCGAGAUGAACGUGUUAUAACGCAUUUUUAGUCAAUAAAUUGUUUACACAAUAGUACAUAUUUGACCAUUAUUUUUUUGACAUUAUAGGGGAAGCUGAGCUUCCCUUGCAGUCUUAAAGAAAUCCCCACUGAUGCAUUAGAAUCCACAUCCAGUCUGAAUGCCUUACAUGCAGAUCAUCUUGAGGCUUCCAUCACAAGCUUCUUGCACUUCUGCAAUAUCACUGCUAUGACUUGAUGUUUUUUAAAGGGUUUACAUGCUCUUUCCCUGCUCAGAAUUUAGUGCCUGUAAAAAUGAAUGGACCCUGUAUCAUCCCAUGGUUCAUUUAAAGCAUUAGUAAGAGGUAUAUUUUAAUAACUGCUGUAUUGGAUGUUUAUUAAA